AUGUCGGGUGUGGGACCGCUCGAUAUACCCAUUAGGAAGAAAAGCGCUGAGCUUUAUCUACAUGACUAUGAUCUGGAUGAUGAUCUCUCCGUUGCAACUCCCCCGGUCAACAAGAAUUUGAUUGACGUGGAUGAUCCAGUAGAUGCUCUCAGCGCCAACCGAGAACAGACACGUUUCGUUGCUGCUGGAUGUCGGGGAAUAUUGAAAGUGUUCAAAAUGGACGACGAGGGCUUUAUGCAAGUCACCGAUUUGCGAUCAGCGAGAAGUCGUCGUCUGAAUCUUUUGUAUUCACCGAGCAAUGUUGCAUGGAGCAAAUUGAAAGACGAGCUAAUUGCCACUACAUCCAAUAAUGGGGCUGUUGUUCUAUGGGAUGUCAAUAAAGGAAGGAUUGAAAUGCAUUAUAAGUCGCAUCAACGCUCAGCUACUGUUGUCCAUUUCCAUCGAUCAAACGAAAAUCUGCUGAUAAGUGGAUCGAGAGAUGCAGCCGUGAUCUUGUACGACUUGCGAGAGGCAGAGCCCAUCAAAAAAUUUGGGUGAGC